CAACCGCCUUGGCCUUGGUCUGGUCGUCCGCUGCAGCCCGUCCCUGUUUCUGCGGCCCGCCAUGAAGUUCGGCAAAACCCUUCUCUCCAACCAGAUCCCGGAGUGGUCGCGAUACUACAUCCUCUACAAAACCCACAAGCGAUUGAUCUCGGAUGCCAAGGCUCUCCUGAAGGAAAAGGGGCUGGCUGAUCUCUCCACCCAGGAUGCCAUUCACGUCUUUUGGAAGUCCAUCGACGUCGAUCUGAUCAAGGUCAAUACAUUCUUCCUCAACCAGCAUGAACGAGUGGAGCGUCGACUUCGAGUUUGCCGCGACCGUCUCCACCAGUAUGAUGACGAAUCAUUCUCAAAGUAUUCGGCUGAGAGCCAUCAUGCCUUCCUGGAUGCCUUGAAGGAGACGCGCGAUCUGCUCCACAUGGCGAUCCGGUACUCGGACACCAAUUACAACGGAUUCCGGAAGAUUGCCAAAAAAUUCGACAAGAAGCUCGGUCAGCAGACUCUCAAAGAUUUCCUCGUGACCAAGGUCGAUGUCCUGGAGUUUUCAAAAACCCAGGACCUGAACUCGGCUCUCAACGAAAUCGAGGUUAUGAUCAUCGAGGCCCACAAACUUUCGGUCAAGAUCGAGCAAAAGGGGCACGGCAUGAUCCGCAGAAUGUCCUUCACAUGGUCCAGCCACAACGACCUUAUCUCCGCCCUGUCCUCCGACAACCUGCCCGAGCUCAUCAAGAUUCUCGACGAGCCGGCACUUGCGGGCAGCGCCGCGACCCCAGCCCUCUCUGUCUAUACCCCUCUCCUCAUCAAGGCAUGCCACUUUAGCAGUCCUCGAUGUGUCGCGUAUCUGCUGCAGAAGGGCGGAUCGGUUGCCCCCGAGGCGGGAGACGUCAAUGAGCGCACGCUUGUCCAUCGCCUUGUCGUCCACGGAGGCGUCCUGGCCACCGAGAGGCAUUCGUCUCGCCACAGAGGCGACGAGACCGGUCUCAUCGAGACCGUCCUCAACACAAGCACCGAGGCAGUCGAGGCACUGUUUCAGGUUGAUGGAUUCGGCCGAACGCCGCUGCACUACAGCACGCUGCUCAACCUCCCGCGGACCGCAAAGCUGAUUCUUGAGCGCAUGCGGACCCACCGAGCUCGCCAGGUCGCUGCAAGUCCAAUUCUCGAUCCUUCCAACCUGAUCGAUCUCAAAUGGUGCGAUUAUGAUGGCCAAACCCCCGUGUUCUAUGCGGUGGUGAAGGGACACGCUGAGGUUCUGAAGGCCCUUGUGGACAGCGAGUCCUUUGACUUGGAUGCUCCGAUCGAAGUUACUAGUGACUCCAAAAUCGUUCAGCUCUCCAACCGCACAGCCCCACUCAAGCAUGUUCAGGUCGGAACCACGCCGCUGGGUCUCGCUUGCACUUAUGGCCAUGCAAAGGUCGUCAAGCUCUUGCUCGACUACGGCGCUGAUGUCGAUGCCGUCAAUGAAGACGAGGAGACACCCCUGCAUCUCAGCUGCAGAGGUGGCUGGGUCGACUGCGUGCGAAUCCUCAUCGGGGACACAAGCUCGUCCGACGAAUUCCUUGGAGCCAACAUUCACGCUACCGAGAAAUACUUUGGAUGGACGGCGCUCCAUAUUGCUGCCAUCCAGGGCUUUGCGGAGUGCGUCGAGCUGCUUCUGGACGCUGGGGCCAACGUCUUCACUCCCGAUAUCUCCGGAUGGAAUCCGUACGAGUACGCGGUCUUUCGAGGCCACUCCAAGGUCAAGUCGCUGUUUGCCCCCUAUCUGGACGCCCAGCCGCCCAAGCCGCCGUUUCCAUCGCCGCAGCCAACCAUCACCAAGACCAACCCUAUCGAGGAUGACAAAGGUCGCAAUCGACUGCCCACCGCCACCAACACGGUUACAUCGUCGCCCAUUGCGCCAUUCUAUCCACCCGUUGCUGGCCCCAGCACACCGCACACAAGCUCGGCGGACGCCCGCUCCGCCAGCAUCGUUGAUCAGGCCAAACCCGAGCCGUCGGCGCCCGGAUCUGCGGCUGCGUCCGUUUCGGAGCGAAGCUGUCUCAAAAACGAGUCCGUGAUUGUGAUCCAUCUCGGCUCGCUCGACAUGCGCCACCCCGUCGAACCCGUCGUCCUGGACGAAGCCAAGAUCCCAGCAACCUUGGCAUCCACCAGCUAUGUCCUCAGCAUCUCGUGCCAAGCCAAGGCCGGUCAGAACCGCGCCGAGUACAGCAGCGUGUACACCCAGCAGAUCAUCUCGACUUCCGAAACUGUCUCGUACGAUCUACCGCUGCACGAGUCGGUGCAAGACGCCGCCGUCUUUCACCAGGGCCAGGCCCCAGACGGCGACGACGAUACCAUCAUCCACUUUGAGAUCAGACCCACGUUUGGCGGCGCCACGCCCAAGCUGGUUGGUCGCGCCUCGGCACCUCUCAAGUAUAUCGUGGCCACGCCCCUCUGGAACGACGAAAACCAGGUCGAUGUCGCUCCAGUGCGCCACGAGCACACCCACGACGAAAGCAGCCACCUUGACGACUCUGCCCGAGGUGACGAUGAAUCUGUGGUGACCAGCAGCGAGCGACACUACGACCACGACCACGAUCUUUCCAGCACCUUUGUCGAGCACGACGAGAUCGCCAGUGUCCAAGCCAAUCCGUAUGAAAUCGGACUCGAGUGCAAGGGACCCACUCGGCGGUCUCAGAGCGGCCGCGUGACCAUCCCGAUCGUGUGCUCCGACAAUCUUGCGGUGAUCGGCCGGGUGACUUUUGAGUUUGUCAUCGUGAAUCCCAUCAAAACCGCAGCCAAGGGUGGCCCAUCCACAGCGCUCCAGAGCCGCACGCCCGAGUUCUUCCCGCUCGAGAAGCCCUGGACGACGCACAAAACCAUUUGGGGAUAUCGCAGCACACAGGUUAUUGGACAUCGCGGCUGCGGUGCCAAUCGGACGCUCAAGGAGCUGAAUCGAUUUCAGCUCGGCGAGAACACGAUCCUGUCUCUGUCAAAAGCCGGCGAUCUCGGCGCCACCUACGUCGAGUUUGAUGUUCAGCUCAGCAAAGACAACAUCCCAGUGCUGUACCAUGACUGGACUGUCUCCGAAAGCGGAUUCGAGCUGCCCGUCAACUCGUUCACGCUGUACGAGUUCCUGAAUCUGCGAGACCGAGUCACUCCCAGCCGCAACAACCGCACGCCACGGGCCCAGCACCCUCUGACCCGAAAUCCGAAGCGCUCCAGAAGCGUCGGCGACCGCGACCAGCGCGAGCCACGAGACAUCCCAAAGCUUAGUGACCCUGACUAUGACGAUGGGGCCGGUGCCCGGUAUCGCACCCGAUCCAAGUUGCCCUGGCCAUACAAGGGGAACGGCGAAGGAACCAUCAUGGGCCCGUUUGCAACCCUUCGAGAAGCCCUGAGGACCGUCCCCAAAUCCAUCGGAUUCAACAUCGAGAUCAAGUACCCGAACCUAGAGGAGGCAGAGGAAUGCAAUCUACAGUUUACCGAGCUGAACCAGUUCGUCGACAUCAUCGUCUCGUGUGUGCUCGAGGAAGCUGCUAGCCGCGACAUUAUCUUUUCCUCGUUUCAUCCCGAAGCCUGCUUGAUGGCCAAUCUGAAACAGAGCCAGUACCCUGUGUUUUUCUUGACCGAUGCUGGCGUCAAGACCAACUACGAUGCUCGACUCAACUCCCUGCGGAAUGCGAUCCGCCUCGCUCAUACGGCCGGCCUGGCUGGUAUCGUUUCGAAUGUGCAGCCGAUCGUGGAAGCCCCGACCCUGGUUCGCGCCGUGAGAGAGCAGGGCCUGCUGCUAUUCACCUAUGGCGGUGCCAACAACGAGCCCACCAACACCAAGAUGCAGAGGGCAUACGGCGUCGAUGCCGUGAUUGUCGAUGACGUCUCCAAGAUUGUCCGCGGCUUCUCGUGAUGCGGUCCGCCGUGGCUCGGUAUAUAACCACAUGCCUCGAUGCCCCCUUGCAAAUCACCAUCCAGAGCCAAAACCAUGUCGCUCACAACACUUGCACAAACACAAUAAUAACGAAGCGGGCCAUCCUGCUUCCGGGGACAGCUGUGGUCUCUUCCCUCUCUCUCCCUCUCUCUCCCUCUGAAUAAACCCAAACUCACCAAGUGCAUCCAAGAGCCCCGCUGCUCACAACAUCUCGGUGCUUUGAAUCAGUC